GGAAAAAAGAAAAAAGCCUCUUGAUUUUGAAAUGAUUUUAGAUUUCCCAAAACGUUGCACAGUUCCCGUAUCCCCUUUACCUGGCUUCCCCUGAUGUCCGCACCUUACCCAACCGUGGUACAUUUGUCACAGCUAAGAAAUUAACGUUGCUCCUCACUAAACUGUAGAGCUGACUUGGCUUGCACCAGGUUUUCUCACUCACUCUGGGAUCCCCUCCAGGAUCUCCCAGUGCGUUCAGCCGCAGGCCUCCUUAGAGUCCCCUGGUUUGGGGCGGUUUCUCAAUCUUUCCUUGUGUUUCAUAACAUUAGGAGUUUGGGAGAAUACUGCUCAGUGUUUUGUAAAAUGCCCCUCAAUUUGGGACCGUCUGAUGUUUUUUCAUGAGUAGAUUGAGGUUGCGGUUUUGGGAACGGCCACAGGACAAGAAGUAACCUUCAUCACAUGACUUCCCGGCCGCCGAAGUCCACCCGGGAUGCCUCACCCUGGCUCAGAAGCAUCCCUUGAGAGUUCAGCUGAUGUAUUUUGAGUGCAGCGCCGGAGAUUUUGUUUCGCGUGUUCAAGGGGUUUUGGCUACUGCUGCUGCUGCUGCUGCUGAGUUUUCUUUCUUUCUUCCGUUUAACGGGGACUUGCCCCGCUCCCGCUGGCAUGAUGGCCCAGUCCAAGGCCAACGGCUCGCACUACGCGCUGACCGCCAUCGGCCUGGGGAUGCUGGUCCUCGGGGUCAUCAUGGCCAUGUGGAACCUGGUGCCCGGGUUCAGUGCCACGGAAAAGCCGGCGGCCCAGGGCAACAAGACCGAGAUCGGCAGUGGCAUUCUCAAGAGCAAGACCUUCUCCGUGGCCUACGUGCUGGUGGGGGCUGGGGUGAUGCUGCUGCUGCUCUCCAUCUGCCUGAACAUCCGGGACAAGAGGAAGCGGCGGCAGAGCGAGGAGAUCCCACACGUCCAGCACCCGGCGGGCGGCCCACCUCAUCCCCAGGAGGAAGACAGCCAGGAGGAGGAGGAGGUGUCCUCCAGGUACUACGUCCCCAGUUACGAGGAGGUGAUGAACACAAACUACGCAGAAGUGAGGGAGGUCGACCAGAACCCCAGGCUGAGCGUCUCUCUCCCCUCCUACGAGUCCUUGACGGGGCUUGACGAGACGAGCCCCACAACCACCAGAGCCGAUGUGGAGCCGCACCCCGGGAACCCACCGGACAGACAGAACUCCAAGCUGGCCAAACGCCUCAAGCCCCUGAAGGUGCGGAGGAUUAAAUCUGAAAAGCUCCACCUCAAAGACUUCAGGAUCAGCCUCCCUGACAAAAAUGUCCCACCUCCCUCCAUUGAGCCCCUGACUCCCCCUCCACAGUACGACGAGGUCCCCAAGAAGGCUGCCGAUGCCCGGCCGCCCGACUGAGGGGCCCCUCACCGGCCAUGCUCCCUCCGAUCCGUGCACACCGUCUGCACCCACAGACUCCAGACGGGGCUGAGGUGAGGGCCCGAUGCGCCCCGAACUCUUUGGACAGGGUGUGGGGCGUGUCGUGAGCGAGUGACUUUGACAUUCCACAGAACCUUAGUAGCUGACGAAGCCCCUGAACCUCCCGUUUCUGUGGGUCCCCCAAGGCGAGAGCUGCAUCUUCCUCCUGGUCCUCCCUCACCCCGAACUGUUGGCGAGAGCACCCCUCUUCUGAGGCGGAGAGGACAUCUAGCAGCUGGCGUCGGUCGCGGGGGUUUUGUUUUGCUUCCACCAGGACUGUUUUGUUUCAAAAAAGAAAACAAGCUGUGCCUUUGCUUUCUUCACCGGAGCCCUGAACUGCGGGUGGACGACGUGAUUCAGCUUUGUAGAAAGGACUCGGGGCUGCUACAUGAAUUACGUGAAAGAAGAUGGUGUGGGGGUGAGGCCCGGCCGGGGGCUCUCUCAGUCCGUGAUGCUGUCAGUUCUUUGAGGGCCUGAGGCCUGAGGAACUUCAGCAGAUGAGGAAUAAGAUAAUAAUAGUUUAGGAGUCUCUCCUAUGUAACGGCAAAAAGGAAAGCGGUAUGAGAUGUUCCAUUCCUUCUAAAAUGCCGUGCAACUGAGCUUUUUAUAAUAAAAUAUUUUAUAUGUGGUAAA